UCCUUGAAUCAUCUAUAUGGGCCAUCUUCUCUCGAAAAAUGGUUAUCGCCUGAAGAAGAGGACACGCAAGUUGCACCACAGGAAGAAGAAGAAGAGGAACUGUUUCCUGCAGCUGCCUUGCAUGCUCUGCUUCAUUGUCCACAGCAACAGCAGUGGUCUCGACGACGACAGCGACCAUUUGGAGGCCGGCGUCAACGGCAGCGGGUGCCGCCACAACAGCAUCACAGGAAUCAGUGUCCCCGGUGUGGGCGGAGUUGGAAUCGGAGCAGCGGCCGCCUCGAAGCUUGCAGAGCGAUACGCGACCCUCGCGUCUCCUGAGGACUGCUCCAAGUUUCUGCUGUCGCAACGGGAGCUGGCUAUCUGGGAGGGCCAAGGGAGGAGUCUUUUAUCAGCUGUUCCUGCCAAACUGAUCCCGCCACCGGCGCUGUUUCGAACUGCUGGGGUGUCUGUGACCGUGCCCAUACCUGUACCUGUGCCUGUGUCUGGCUGCAACAGCAACAACACUGAGAUGGUGUGUAAGAGGAAGUGCUCAGAGGUGCAGAGGUGCACCCCCUGUAAGCAGCCACGCUGCACCUUCGCUGCCCCUGACGGAGGGCUGGAGAACGGAGGAGUGGGAGGAGGUGCGGGAGAGGCUGCCUCGAACUCUGAAACCGGUCACUGUCACCUUCCCCUCUGUCCACUUCCCUCCACUUCUUCUUCUGCUUCUUCUGCCUCCUCCUCCUCCUCCUCCUCCUCCUCCUCCUCACCUGCUGAUGGCUGCUGUGGGUUGGGACUUCAUGCCGAUUUGCCCCACAGUUCAGACUCGUCCCCCUGCUGCCUCCAUCAGUAUGACGACUCCCAGACGAGAAGUUUUGACGCUGCUGAUCACUUAAGUAUCAACCACCUGCCUUCCUCCAUCCUACUCAAGGUGCUCUCACACUUGACGGUGAAGGAGCGCUGUUUGUGUGCCUCUCUGGUUUGUAAGUACUGGAGGGACCUCUGCUUGGACUUCCAGUUCUGGAAGCAAAUCGACCUCAGUGGCCUGCAACAAGUGAAUGACGAUCUUCUGGUGAAAAUAGCCUCCCGCAGGCAGAACGUGACAGAGAUUAACAUCUCGGAUUGCAGAGGUGUACAUGACCACGGCGUGUCCUCCCUGGCCUCUCACUGUCCAGGCCUGCAGAAGUACACAGCCUACCGAUGCAAACAGCUUGGAGACUCGUCUCUGGCCUCCUUGGCUAAAUACUGCCCUCUGCUGGUGAAGGUGCAUGUGGGCAACCAGGACAAACUAACAGAUGAAGCUCUGAAAAAGCUGGGAGAGCAAUGCAGCGAGCUGAGGGACAUCCACUUGGGUCAGUGCUACGGUAUUUCUGAUGACGGCAUGGUGGCCUUGGCUAGAGGAUGCCGUAAACUCCAGAGACUAUACCUGCAAGAAAACAAAAUGGUGACGGAUCAGUCGGUGCGGGCAGUUGCCGAGAAUUGUCCUGAGCUGCAGUUCGUCGGCUUCAUGGGAUGCCCUGUGACCUCCCAGGGAGUCAUCCAUCUCACUGCACUACGACACCUGAACGUUCUGGACCUGCGGCACAUCUCAGAGCUCAACAACGAGACGGUGAUGGAGGUGGUGAGGAAAUGUCGCAACCUCAGCUCCCUCAACCUCUGCCUCAACUGGAGCAUCAACGACAGGUGUGUGGAAAUCAUCGCCAAGGAGGGUAGGAGUCUGAAGGAGCUCUAUCUGGUGUCCUGUAAAAUCACAGACCACGCGCUGAUAGCCAUAGGCCAGUACAGCAGCACCAUAGAGACGGUGGAUGCCGGCUGGUGUAAGGACAUCACAGACCAGGGAGCCACACAGAUUGCUCAGAGCAGCAAGUCCCUGCGCUACCUGGGCCUCAUGAGAUGUGACAAGGUGAACGAGGAGACGGUGGAGAGGCUGGUGGUUCAGUACCCUCACAUUGUUUUCAGCACGGUGAUGCAGGACUGCAAGAGAACCCUGGAGAGAGCUUAUCAAAUGGGCUGGAGCCCCAACACCUCCAACACCUCGUAGCUACUGCUGGAUCUCACACACACACACACACAGAAACACACACACAAACACAUAGUUACACAGAGGUCCCUUUUCUGUGUACAGACUGACACACACAAUGUUUGCAGUUCAGUCAUGUUUGCUGCUCAUCCACUGUUCAAACAUGCAUGUGAACAUGUAGCUACACACUCACAGACAAAAGGUCCAGUCUGUCAACCGUUUCAUUUGAAGCACAUCUCCCAUUUUAAGAAUUUCAAGUCAUGUGGGCCUCCUGUUUUGUUUUUUUAAUUAAGUGGAUCCGUACAGCCACAGAUCAUAGGUUAAAGUCAAUAUCCUGACUGACUUCUUCGCAUCGUCAUUGCUCAUAAGUCGGAUUAUUUGCAACAAUAUUGUGUACUUUCGUUGAGAAGAAUCUGGAUUGAAUAGUUUGUUUUGGUGCAAAGAGGUGCACAGAAUAAGUGUUAUUUGUUAUCUACUUUAAGUGUUACCCAGUCGAUAGAGUAUUUAAGCCUCACACAUUAAAGACCGCCUCCUCACCUUGGAUGGAGUGAAGGUAAAGAUACACGUGGAGGAGAAGCCUGGUCUUCAGCAUGUAUCGAGAUAUCAGAGGCAUUCAGCGGCGUGCAAACCAGAACUGUUUUUUAAUGAGAACAGAUUGAAAACAGUUUGUCGCCCCAAUUGGAACCAACGUUCAGCCUCUGCGGUGUUUACUUCCUUCAAACUGAACUCAGCUGAUCACACAGCACAGAGCAGAGACUUGAAGAUCAGGAGAGGACGCCCGACAGCUUCAGCCCAACAGACAACUGAACUGCCAGGGAGCGUCGAGCUCCACUGGAGGCAUUCUGAGAAAUAUCUUCACGUUUAUUUUGACCAUUUAGAUGUUUUUUUUCCCCCCUCCUUCCUUUCUUUGAUGUUCAGUAAAAUGUUAAAGGUAUGUGUGAACUCGUGCCGAGAUUGUUGUCAAGGCUCCAUUUGAAGGACAGAGCCCUUUGCUGUGACUUAAUACGCACAUUGUCGUUGGUACAGAAGAAAGAUUCAGGCUAGAAUAACUCUGAUUCAAGACAAAUGCACGGCAGGAGAAUAACCACAGGGAUGACAGGUAAGAGGAAACGCUGCCUUAAGUGGUUUGUCGGUAAUUGCCAUCCAAUUAGCAGCAUGGAACGGACCCAGAAUUGACUGAAGAAAUGUUUAUCUUCUCUGAGUUUAUCUUCCAUAUUCCCAUUAUUUGAUCUGAUAUUUACAUAUAAUCAAUACUGCGUGGGAUUGACUUAGCCUAAUAUUGGUUUUGAGCAUAUACUUGUAAUAUUAUCUAUGUAGCAAUGCAAUGAGGGAUUUCUCUUUCUUAGUGGUGUAGGAUGUUAGGAAACAAACUGGCCUGGGUCUCAGUCCAGGCUCAGUGGAAGUUGGUUGGUAGGAGUUGAUCUUUUUUUUUUUUUCAUUUAUUCUAUAGGAACUCAGUAGUGUACAGUUACAAAAAGCAAAUAACCAGGGUAUUUUUCUAUGGUGUGAACCAGCUCUGGGCUCAGCCUCCACACACUGUCACUCAGACACGAACAAUAGCUUCCUGAGCUUAGAGUCUCAGCAGAACUGUAAACUUUCUACAGCACAUAGAGAUUUCAGACAAUUAAAAACAUGUUUCUUUUACCCCUUGUCAGGAUUUGUAGACUUUAACCGAUGGAGAGUCUCUCCCUCGGCCUGUCUGUUUUGUUCUGUUUCUGGUCUUUUGUAAUCCCCAUAUGCACUUUCUCCUCUGCUAGAUGUUGACACACUUGAUUCCUGAUUUGUUAAGGCAACCGUAAAUGACUGGAUUUACAUAAAGAUGAAUAAAACACUACAACUUCAAGCUUA